UCACGCUGUCUUCCUUUCAGCAGCGGCUCUUUCCAACAUACCGUCAUCUCCCGCUCACGAUUUGUUUUGUCCCUGCUGGGAUAACAUCUAUUAUUCCGACGUUUUACACGGAGUUCAAUCCAUUCCGCUCCAAAAGGAACCACAAGAGGGGCCCGAGACAGAAAAGCGGGGGGCAAGGAGGAUUCUCAACCCCUUCUGCGUUUCUCGCGCGUUAAGAAGUUAUUAAAGAGAUCUUUAAAAACAAGUGCAACUGUUCUGCUGUGUGCGCGUCUGACGCGGCCGACCGAGAAGACCCAAAUCUGGCGUCUUAGAACCGGGAAUGAACUUGGUCUGGGGGGGCUUCGGCAUGGCAGCCCGGGGGUUCUGGUCGGUUCUGGUGCUCUUGUCAUGGAGGCCCGGUGCCGCUUGCCCCGCAGUCUGCACGUGCACAGGCUUCAGGAUCUCGUGCGUGGAUUCGGAACGGAGUAUUGCGGCUUUCCCGGUGUUACCAGACGCGGAGAUGGAGAACAUCACAGACAUAUAUAUUGCUAACCAGAGCAGUUUCUCCUCGAUCAACGAUAAAGACCUGACUUUCUACCGCAACCUUAGAAAUCUGACAGUGACCAGCACAAGACUAACUUACGUAUCACGCGAGGCAUUUCGCAACAACCUCAAACUCCAGUACCUGAAUCUAAAGGACAACAAUCUGUCGUCGCUGUCCUGGAAGACGUUUCGCCAUCUGAACAUAUCCUACCUGGCGCUGUCGGGCAACCCUCUGCAGUGCUCGUGCGAGAACGUGUGGAUGAGGCAGUGGAGAGGGGAGGAGGGGAGCGAUGCCUCCGACCUGCUGUGUGCAGAGGAGGGGGGCAAGAGGAGGGCUCUCUCCAGACUCAACCUGCCCAACUGUGUUAUUCCCACGGUGAGCCUCAGACCCCAGAAAGUGACCCUGAUGCAGGGCUCAAACCUGACACUGACCUGCAACACCUCAGGAACGCCCAUGCCUGAUCUUACCUGGACCACCUGCCAACUCGCAUCCAACCACAAGACCGUGACUUCAGGGCAGUUCUUGGAGCUCAGACUCUCCAACCUCUCCCCGCUGGAUAAUGAGUGCAAGAUCAGCUGUAGCUCGGAGAACAUGGUGGGAGAGAGCGUGGCUUCUUUGCAGCUCGACAUACUCUUUCCCCCGAGCAUCAGCAAGCUCAUGGAUGCCAUCUCGGAUCACCACUGGUGCAUCCCGUUCAGCGUGUCUGGCAACCCGCAGCCCACGCUGAGCUGGCUGUUCCGUGGCGAGGCCGUGGCGGAGGGCGCCUUCAUCAGCACGCGCAUCCACGACUAUUCCGAGCACGAGUACCACGGCUGCCUGCAGCUCGACAGCCCCACGCACAUCAACAACGGCGAGUACACGCUGCUGGCCAGCAACCCGUAUGGCAAGGACCAAAAGGCCAUAUUCGCCCACUUCAUGCACGACCCAUGGAAUGAUUCAACAGCUACAGACUCAUUGUACUACGACCCUACCACAGAUGACACACCUCUAGGACCACCUGAGGAUCGAGUUGCUGUGUACGUGGUCGUGGGAAUCGCCGCCGUCACAUUCGCCGGCUUUGUCCUGAUGCUGGUCAUCCUGAAGUUUGGCCGCAACUCCAAGUUCGGAAUUAAAGGGCCGUCGUCAGUCAUUAGCAACGAGGACGACUCGGCCAGCCCUCUUCACCAUGUGUCCAACGGCUCCAACACGCCCUCAUCCUCGGACAUGAACGCUGAUGCCGUCAUCAUUGGCAUGACGAAGAUCCCCGUGAUCGAGAACCCGCAGUACUUCCGGAGCUCCAGCAGCCUCCUUAAAUCGGACACCUUUGUCCAGCACAUAAAGAGGCACAACAUUGUGCUGAAGAGAGAACUGGGUGAAGGUGCCUUUGGGAAGGUCUUCCUGGCUGAGUGCUAUAACCUCUCCCCUGACCAGGACAAGAUCCUCGUGGCUGUCAAGACUCUAAAAGAGGCAAGUGAGAAUGCACGCAAAGAUUUCCACCGUGAGGCAGAGCUGUUGACCAACCUGCAGCAUGAGCACAUCGUCACCUUUUAUGGGGUGUGUGUGGAGAGCGACCCCCUCAUCAUGGUGUUUGAGUACAUGAAGCAUGGAGACCUCAACAAGUUCCUCAGGGCGCACGGUCCCGAUGCCGUGUUGAUGGCAGAUGGUCAGGUCCAACAGCAGGGUGAGCUGACUCAGUCCCAGAUGCUGCACAUAGCUCAGCAGAUAGCCGCUGGCAUGGUCUACCUGGCCUCGCAGCACUUCGUGCACCGGGACCUGGCCACACGCAACUGCCUGGUCGGCGAGAACCUGCUGGUGAAGAUCGGCGACUUUGGCAUGUCCCGCGACGUCUACAGCACGGAUUACUACCGGGUGGGCGGUCACACUAUGCUGCCAAUCCGCUGGAUGCCACCAGAAAGCAUCAUGUACCGGAAGUUCACCACUGAGAGUGACGUCUGGAGCUUAGGAGUGGUGCUUUGGGAGAUAUUCACCUAUGGGAAACAGCCUUGGUAUCAGCUGUCCAACAAUGAGGUGAUCGAGUGCAUCACUCAAGGCCGCGUGCUACAGCGGCCGCGAACCUGCCCAAAGGAAGUGUACGACCUGAUGCUGGGCUGCUGGCAGCGUGAGCCCCACGCGCGCCUCGUCAUCAGGGAGAUCCACAGCCUGCUCCUCAACCUAGCCAAGGCUUCGCCCGUCUACCUGGACAUCCUGGGCUGAGAGAGGAAGAGUGCCUGGGCGCGUGGGUUUGUGUGAGUGCAUGAAAGUGUGUGUGUGUGUGUAUG